AUGGCCGAGGAUGUGACGCCUCAGUGGAACUCGGUGUGCACUUUUUGCUCGGCUAAAUUGGAGCAGGGCGGUCGUCUAAUCCAGAGCCAGAUGGACUGGGCACUGGAUUUUCUUGUCACCGAUCUCCUCCAGGAAACUUUGAUCUGCCACAAGAAUAUCAUGGAGUCCCAAGUAGAGGAUCUUACCGACGAAAUCGGCGCUGACUUGAACUCGCUACGUAUUGACGCACUUACCGGCAUUCGGACGUCCAUACUUGGUCAAGCGAUGGAAGACCCUUACAGGCUGUGCAACGCGGAAUAUGGAGGAGGAAGUGAUGGGAGACGUAAAAGGAUUAUCCGCAAUGCUGUUGGUCGCGUGGAUCUGUUUGAGAACCACAUGAUUGAGUUCAAGAGCAGAAUGAGGCUUUUAGCGGAUAACGUACAGAUCGAGCUACAAGCUAUCGUCCGUGCUGGGUUGGCCGCGAUUACGUCGGUUUUUGACCUGAUCAGGAAUGAGAAUAUCGCGACAGAAAGCGAGGAGAACCCCGAGUUGAGACGCCGCCUGGAACAGGAGAUCGUCACGAUCAAGGAACGGAUGAGACAGAUCAUGGAUAUCAUGGAGUGA